GUUUGUUUUCGUUUGACAAUAUUUUUAGGUAGUUCUUUGGUGUUUCAUGGCGAACAAUUUUAUCCUAACCUGUAAUUACUACCACGUAUAGUCCGUUACACUAUGUACAGAAGGUUGAUUUUAAAAUGCAAUUAUCCCGGAAUUCGCUUUCAACAGUAUUGCUUUCGGCAAUCGUCCAAUUUUCCCAAGCAAUCGUCUACUUACAAUGAGGCCAAUAUAUUGAUGAUUCAUCGGGAUCUUCAGAAGCUUUUGUUCAACUGUCAGAAAUAUGAAUAUCCAAAAGCUUCAUCUGAAAUACUCCAAGAAUUCAAUCGUUUAGGGAUUGAUAUAUCCGCCACGAAGUGUGAUAAAAAACCGCUUUAUUUUAAUCUCCCUGAAUUGAAUGGGAACAAUAUUAAAGAUCAUCUAGAUUCCGUUGCUAAGGAACUUGCUCAUCCAUACAUAAAACUGUUGGAGAGUUUUAGUUCCCCACCAGAACUACCCAAAACUUGGGAAUCUACUGCUGGAUGGACAAAAUAUGUUGACGAUAAAGCAUACCCUGUAGAAGCACCUCAUGAAGAUGCUGUUAUCUUCGAUAUCGAAGUUCUUGUUAAAGAAGGACAUGCCCCGACCAUGGCAGUGGCUCUCACACCAGAAGGAUGGUAUUCCUGGACGUCUAAACGUCUUUCAUGCCAUGAUAAGCCUCUUGGAAAUGACGUUUUCGAUUCUCUAAUCCCUAUAUAUGGUUCAAAAGAUAAAAAUACUUCCAAGUGUAUAGUCGGACAUUUUGUCAGUUAUGAUCGAGCUAGAAUAUCAGAGGAGUACCUGUUAGAUGCAACAGGAAUUCGUUUUGUGGAUACUCUUUCUCUUCAUGUUGCUGUAUCGGGUUUGACAAGUACUCAAAGAUUCUUAAAAACAUCUGCUGAUAAACACCUUUUUAACAAUAAAACAUGGCAGGAGUACAUGGGAAAACGAGCUGACAGUCAGACUUUGGAUUCGAAACCAGAUACAGAAGCAUUCGUUAUGGAUCUCGAAUGGCUUUCAGAAACUAGUUUAAACAGUCUGGGUGAUAUUUAUCGUUUGUAUUGUAAAAAAGAACCUCCACAGAAUAAAGAAUUGAGAUCAGUUUUUGAAUCAGGCACAAUUGAAGAUGUUCAUUCAAAUUUUCAGAGUCUAUUCAAAUACUGUGCAACAGAUGUACUGAUGACCUAUGAAAUAUUGAAGGUUUUAUGGCCUAUUUUUAAAGAAAGAUUUCCACAUCCAGCCAGUUUUUAUGGAUUAUUAGAGAUAGGCAGUAUGUACCUACCAAUUAAUGAUAAUUGGUUGAAAUUUCAAAAGACCGCUGAUCAUGCCUAUGAAGAAAAUAUUUCCAGACAGAAAAAAUUGUUAAUGCAGCUGGCUGACCAAGCAUUAGCUAAAUACUCUGGUGAUUCCAGUGAAGGGUACAAAAACGAUCCGUGGUUAUGGGAUUUGGAUUGGUCGAAACCAAAAAUUAAAUGUAAAACUGAAGUUGACAAAAGAUUGUCGUGUCUCCCUAAAUGGUAUAGAGAGUUGAUCCCUAAACCAGUAAAAGAAAAUCUCGACGCUGGACCAGCGCUAUUAACUGCUCAAAUGCGUAUAGCACCAAAACUUCUACGACUUUGUUGGCAAGGCUUACCAUUACAUUAUGAUCAAGUAUUAAAAUGGGGUGUUUUAGUGCCUGGACGCGUUCCACAACCAUACGGUGAUCCACGGUAUUUCAAUGAAUCACCUACUGAAUCAACAAAAUCAGAUGAAAGUAAUUCCUCGAAUUCUGAACUAUGUCAGUAUACCUCACUGAUCCGUCCAGUUAUUCCUGUUGUUAAAUCAGCUGCAGCUGGUGAUGAAACACUUGAUUUUCCUUAUGGUGCUUAUUUAACCUACUGGUUAGCUGAUGUAAAGCGUCGUCUACUAGCAGAUUUUCAAGUGGCUCCGCCAACUUCAUCGGAUACAACAAUGUCAGAAAAUUUAGCUACUGCCUAUUGUCAACGAAUAAGACCUGAUCAACGAGAUGCUAGUCUUCUGGAUGAAUUCAAGCGUAGUGUUGAAAUUAUGCCUUUGGAAAGAGAAGAACGCCUGCGUCUGUCAUCAACAAUCAAUGCUAUUCGCAAGCUAGGUGAAAAACAAGCUAUGGAUUAUAAAUCAGCUAGAUUUAAUAAUAAUAAUAAUCAGAAUCACAAUGAACCGGUGUAUGAAAAACUUGGUGAAUUACAGGCUCAAGGUUCUGCUUUUUGGUUGAAUACAAAUCGAUUCGAUCAACAUUCCACAAAUUAUCCAUCGAAGUAUCGACGUCGUACUGCUGUCAAAUAUGCAGUAGAUACUGUCAAUCCUGUUAUACCCACGUGUUGGUUUAAGCAUCUUCCUCAUGAGUCUGGUACUGGAAUUCCCGUUGGUUCACCACUUUCUCGAUCAUUUCAAAAUCAUAUUGCAUCGCAUCGACUGCAUAGUGCUGAUUUUAAUCCGGACACAAUGAAAGACAGCAGCAAUAGUCAAGGGAAUAAUUCAAGCGGAGAAAUUGGAUUAGCUGACCAAUUACUUCAUGAUCGUGUUCAUGCUACAUUUUGGCAAAGUUAUUCAAAACGUAUCAAAUCACAGAUGGCUAUCUGGUUACCGCAUGAUCAACUUCCAAGCAGUGUUUUAAAGGAUCAAUCCUAUCAUUCUGAAGGCCGAUAUGGUGCUAUUCUACCUCAAGUUAUAUCUUCUGGAACUGUAUCUCGAAGAGCUGUUGAACCACUCUGGUUAACAGCUAGUAAUGCUGAUGAAAAUCGGUUAGGCAGUGAAAUCAAAGCGAUGAUUCAGUCGCCUCCUGGUUAUGUAUUUGUCGGUGCUGAUGUAGAUUCACAAGAGAUGUGGAUUGCUUCGUUAAUUGGCGAUUCAAGUGUCGGUUUUCAAGGUUCAACUCCUUAUGGUUGGAUGACACUACAAGGCAAUAAAAUGGAUGGAACUGAUUUACAUACUAAAAUAGCUAAAGAAAUGGGCAUUAAACGAAGUGAAUCAAAAGUGUUAAAUUAUUCGAGACUUUAUGGUUCAGGGAUUGAAUUCGCUUCUCAUUUGCUAGCAAAAUUCUGCAAUGUUUCACCGGAACAGGCAAGUCUAAAGGCGAAACAAUUGUUUCGAAUUACUAAAGGACAACGUACCAUGGUAGAUUCGCCUACAAAUGGUAAUUCAUCGUCUGUUUGGCGUGGAGGCAGUGAGUCGGCUGUAUUCAACCAGUUGGAGUCAAUUGCUCGUAGUUCUGAACCAAGUACACCAUUUUUAAAUGCUCAACUUACACGUGCAUUGAAUCCAAAACUUGUCAAAGAUGAUUUUUUACCUAGCCGGGUAAAUUGGGUUGUACAAAGUUCUGCUGUUGAUUAUCUACACUGUAUGCUUGUUUUUAUGCGUUGGCUUAUUAACAAGUACAAGAUUCCUGCACGUUUAUGCAUUAGUAUACACGAUGAAAUAAGAUAUCUUUGUCCAAAGGAGUAUGUUGAUCAAGUUGCACUUGCACUACAAAUUAGUAAUUUAUUAACAAGAACAUUUUUCGUCUAUCAAGUUGGUAUGCGUGAUCUACCAGAAUCAGUGGCAUUUUUCAGCUCAGUAGAAGUGGAUACAUGUAUACGUAAAGAGGCUAAAGAUGAUUGUGUUACACCAUCAAAUUCGAAUGGUAUACACAAGAGUUAUGGUAUACCUCCUGGUCAAUCAUUAACAAUGGAAGAGAUACUUGAACGUACUGGAGGAUCUAUGGGUCAAUAAUGUUUGGAUAAUUAUUCUUUUUUCCUAACACAUUAUGUAUGUAUGCAUUUCUUUUUAUAUAUACACAUAGAGUAUUUCAAGAUUAAUAAAUUUUUUAGCGCC